AUGCCGCCGCAAAAGCGCAAAACCUCCAACUCCGCCAGCUCGCAGGCGUCAUCUCAUGCCAACAAGCGCAGUCGGCCCAGUCUGAACGAACCGCAUCCGAACGCGCACCAAUCCGAGUCAUUUGGCAUUGUUCUGCGCGAGUUCUAUCCCCCGGAGAUGAGCAAUGCGCGCUGCGACGCCUACAGCGACGGCACCCUGGAGCGGCCCAUCGAGACGCUCCAGCGCGCGUACACAGAUACGCAGGAGGCAAGAGACGCGGUGCGGCCCAAUGCGGCGGUGGUACACUGGUUCAAAUCCGACCUGCGACUACACGACAACCGGGCGCUGCACAAGGCGGCGCAGGUCGCCCGCGAACACAACCUCCCGCUGAUCGGACUGUACAUUCUGUCGCCGGAGGACCUGACGGCGCAUCUGUCGAGUCCGGCGCGGGUGGAUCUGACGCUCCGGACGCUGGCGCAGUUGCAGCGGGACCUCAACGAGUCGGACAUCCCGCUGUACAUGGAGACGCAGGAACGGAGGCAGGCGAUCCCGGCGCGGAUCGUGGAACUGUGCCAGAAAUGGGGCGCUAACCAUCUGUUCGCGAAUCUCGAGUACGAGGUGGACGAGCUGCGUCGGGAGGCGCGGCUGAUCCGGCUGUGUGCGAAGAACGGGAUCAGGUUCGACGCGCUGCACGAUACCUGUGUCGUCCCGCCGGGUUCCCUCAGCAGCCAGCAGGGGAAACAGUACGCGGUGUACAGUCCCUGGUACCGGGCGUGGGUGGCCUUUCUCAAGGAGAACCCGGACUAUCUCGAGGUGUCGGAGGAGCCGGGGGCGAACUCGGGAGAUGCGCGAAAGCACUUUGCGGAGCUGUUCGAUAGCGAGGUGCCCCAGGCCCCGGCGAACAAGCAGCUGUCAGAUAGCCAGAAAGAACAUCUCUCCGCGCUGUACCCGGCCGGGGAGCAUGAGGCGCUGCACCGACUGGAAACGUUCUUGAAGGAGAAGGCUGUCGAAUACGAUGAGGACCGCAACAUCCUGGCGGGUCAACACACCUCGGUGCUCAGUCCGUACUUUGCGUCGGGGUCGCUCAGUGCGCGCACCGCGGUGGUGCAGGCGCGUCGGGCCAACAAGAAUCUCCUCGACCGGAAUGAGCCGGGGUAUAUGUCGUGGAUUAGUGAAGUGGCCUGGCGGGAUUUCUACAAGCAUGUGUUGGUGCAGUGGCCGUUCAUCUGUAUGAACAAAUGCUUCAAGCCCGAAUUCACCGACCUGGAGUGGGAGUAUGAUGAGAUCAAAUUCCAGGCGUGGUGCGAGGGCCGGACAGGGGUCCCCGUAGUCGACGCAGCCAUGCGCCAACUGAACCACGAUGCUUGGAUGCACAACCGCGCCCGGAUGAUCGUCUCAUCCUACCUGUCCAAGGAUCUCCUGAUUGACUGGCGCCGCGGAGAGCGGUACUUCAUGGAGCACCUGAUUGACGGGGAUUUCGCGUCGAACCACGGGGGCUGGGGGUUCGGGUCCAGCACCGGCGUCGAUCCACAGCCAUACUUCCGGAUCUUCAACCCGCUGCGUCAGAGCGAACGGUUCGAUGCCGAGGGCGAGUAUAUCCGCCACUGGGUGCCGGAGUUGCAGGGGAUCGAGGGCGCUGCCAUCCACGAUCCAUACGGACGGGGCGCUGGCGACCAAGCCGGGCGUCAGGGGUAUCCGCACGCGCUGGUCGAUCACUCGCAGAGUCGUAAUCGUGCAUUAGAGCGGUAUAAGCGAGCGAGUCAGAAGGAAUGA